AUGUUCGGAUCGAUUUUCAAAAGCGCGACAGAGAAGGGAUUAUAUCCUGCUGCACUACCUCUUUUCGAAGGACUUUCUUUCGAGAGAAUUGAAUCGAUCAAACCUGUUUCCAUUUGCAAUUGGAUGGGAGAUCAUAAUCGGGAGGGAACUAAAUUCGUUCCUGGUCGUUGUAAUUCUAAUUGCGUGUUUCCGGAGUUGAUUAAAGCAGCUGGGAAGAUUGAGUCUUCUUGGUUGGGACUCGAGAUUGCGGAUUAUAAGGGUGCAGAAGACGAGCAGAAGAAAGAGCUAUGA